GCUGGUAGUAAUAUAGCUAAGCUAGCAAAAGAAACUGCAGCACUUAUUGCGGAAGUUAAGGUUUAAUGUAAUGAAUAAGAUAAUCAAUAACGUAUUUGCAAGAGAAAUUUUAGAUAGCAGGGGUUACCCCACUAUUGAGGUAGAAAUUGAGCUCUGUGAUGGCGCAAUAGGCAGGGCAUCUGUACCUUCUGGAGCUUCAACUGGUAAAUUAGAAGCCUUGGAACUCAGGGACCAAGAUGAGAAAAGGUAUUGUGGUAAGGGAGUGCUGAAAGCUGUUCAAGCUGUAAAUGGGAUAAUAGCAGAUGAAAUCAUUGGAAUGAAUGCAGCGGACCAAAAUGCAAUUGAUAAAGCAUUAAUUGAACUGGAUGGAACAAAAAACAAAUCAAAACUUGGAGCAAAUGCAACUUUGGGUGUGUCUCUUGCAGUUGCAAAAGCAGCAGCAAACAGUUUCAAAAUGCCGCUAUAUAGAUAUUUGGGAGGAAAGCAGACGAGUGUUAUGCCGGUUCCACUCAUUAACAUAAUUAAUGGUGGAGUACAUGCAGACAAUAAGCUCGAUUUCCAAGAAUUCAUGAUUCUUCCGGUCGGUGCUGAGACUUUCAGCGAAGCGAUUAGAAUAUCUGCGGAGGUAUUCCACAACUUACGUAGCAUUCUUAAGAAAAAAGGUUAUAGCACAAAUGUAGGGGAUGAAGGUGGUUUUGCACCAAAUAUUGAAAGUACUGAAGAAGCACUUGAUUUGAUCAUAUACGCUAUAGAAUCAGCAGGUUAUUCAGCGCAAAGUGAUUUUGCACUAGGCCUUGAUGUUGCUUCAUCUACUUUUUAUGAAGAUGGAAUUUACGAAUUUGAAAGUAAGGGGCUUACUUCAGAAGAGUUAACCGAAUAUUAUUGUAACCUUGUGGAAAGAUAUCCAAUAAUUUCUAUAGAAGAUGCAAUGAGUGAAGACGACUAUGAAGGCUGGAAAUUGCUUACUGCAAAACUAGGGAAUAAAAUUCAAUUGGUCGGGGAUGAUUUGUUUGUUACAAAUUGUGAACUGAUAUGCAAAGGAAUAGAGGAAAAAAUGGCAAAUGCUGUACUGAUCAAGCCAAAUCAAAUAGGGACGUUAACAGAAACUUUUGCUGCUAUUGAAAUGGCAAAAUCAAAUGGCUAUAAAGCUGUUGUUUCUCAUCGCUCAGGUGAAACAGAAGACACAACAAUAUCCCACAUAGCAGUUGCGUCAAAUUGCGGGCAAAUAAAAACCGGGUCGCUAUCGCGUUCUGAUAGACUCGCGAAGUAUAAUGAGCUAAUGAGAAUAGAAAGCACGUUAGGAAAGGAUGCUAAAUAUUAUCGUGGGUUAGCAUGGGUUUUAUAGACGAAGUAAAAUUGUGUUUAAAAGCCGGUGACGGUGGUGAUGGCUGUGCAAGUUUUCGUCGAG